GGCUGUGAGCGCGGCCUCCAGAUGCUGCUCACCACGCUGGGCGCCUUCGCCGCCUUCAGCCUCAUGACCAUCGCCGUGGGCACCGACUACUGGCUCUACUCGCGCGGCGUCUGCCGCUCCAAGGCCCCCCACGACAACGACACCGGCCGCAAGAACGAGGAGGUCAUGACCCACUCCGGCCUCUGGCGCACCUGCUGCCUCGAAGGGACCUUCCGAGGAAUCUGCAAGCAAAUUAACCAUUUUCCGGAGGAUGGCGAUUACGAACAGGAUGCGGCGGAGUAUCUCCUGCGUGCCGUGAGGGCGUCCAGCAUCUUCCCCAUCCUGAGCGUGGGCCUUCUCUUCUUCGGGGGCUUGUGCGUGGCCGCCAGCGAGUUCUACAAGAGCAAGCUCAACGUCAUCCUGAGCGCAGGGAUCUUCUUUGUGUCGGCAGGACUCAGCAACAUAAUUGGGAUUAUAGUUUACAUCUCGGCCAACGCCGGGGAUCCGGGGCAGAGCGACUCCAAGAAGAGCUACUCCUACGGCUGGUCCUUCUACUUCGGGGCCUUAUCGUUCAUCAUCGCCGAGAUGGUGGGGGUCAUCGCAGUCCACAUGUACAUUGAGAAGCAUCGCCAGAUCCGAGCCAAGUCUCACUCGGUGGCCCUGCUGAAGAAGUCCACCUUUGCCCGUUUGCCCACCUACCGGUACCGGUUCCGAAGGAGAUCCAGCUCGCGCUCCACAGAGCCCCGGUCGAGGGACCUGUCGCCCAUCGGCAAAGGCUUCACCUCCAUCCCUUCUGCCGACAUCUCCAUGUUUACCUUAUCCAGAGAUCCCUCCAAGGUGACUAUCGGGACCCUGCUCAACUCCGAGAGGGAUCACGGGUUUUUACAGAUUCACAACUCCCUCCCCAAAGAGUUCAAGGAGUCGCUGCACAACAACCCUGCCAACAGACGGACCACUCCCGUCUGAGGCCAGCCGUGCCCCUG